GGAGCUCUGAAGGCCAGGAGGUGUACGUUUUUAACCUGACGUCGCUGACCGAGUCUGAAAACAUCUUGUCGGCUUCGGUGUAUUACUACAUUGGUGACCUUCUGCACGCCGAGCGGAACUGCUCCCAGUCCAGAGGCUGUUCUCACCACGGGCACAGGAAGCCCGAAAUUCAGAUACAUCUGUCCCUUUGGACCUUCCCCGCUGCUGGGAACCGGACUCGCAGCCUGGGCCGCUUUCUGAUGAACGUCUCGGCCGUGCAGCAGGACGCCCCGUCCUGGCGCUGGAAGGACGUCACUCGGCUCCUGCUCGCAGCCAAGCGACGCGACGAGCUCCUGAUUGGCGUCAGGAUGGCUCUGGCUGGCCGCCACCCCUGGACGGGGGCAGCUCCUCGCUGCCAGCCCUACAUUCUGGUGUACGCCAACGAUUCUGCUAUCUCGGAGCCGGAGAGCGUUGUCUCGAGUUUGCAGGGCCACCGCAGUCCCCUGGCAAGGGUCUUUCCCAGGCCGGAGAGCCCCGUGCGGAGCGGCCUCGGGGAGCGGCGUCGGAAGCGCGCCGCUGGCAUCCUGCUGCCGCUGCAGAACAACGAGCUGCCGGGAGCCGAGGACGGUGAGGAAGAGAAGUGGGAGCACGGGAAGCCCUUCAAAACCUUCCAGCCACAGCUGGCAGAGAGGGCGAAGAGCAAGAAGAAGCAGAGGAAGAGUCCCCACCAGAAGAGCCAGACUCUCCAGUUCGACGAGCAGACGCUGAAGAAGGCCAGGAGGAAGCAGUGGAACGAGCCGAGGUUUUGUGCCCGGCGCUACCUCAAGGUGGAUUUUGCAGACAUUGGCUGGAGCGAGUGGAUCAUUUCCCCUAAGUCCUUCGACGCCUAUUACUGCUCGGGGGAAUGCCAGUUCCCCAUUCCUAAGGCCUUGAAGCCGUCCAACCACGCCACCAUCCAGAGCAUCGUGAGAGCCGUCGGCGUCGUCCCGGGCAUCCCCGAGCCCUGCUGCGUUCCCGACAAAAUGUCUUCUCUCAGCAUCUUGUUCUUCGAUGAGAAUAAAAACGUGGUGCUGAAGGUGUACCCCAACAUGACAGUGGAAUCCUGCGCCUGCAGAUAA